UCCGGCUCCGCCGUCUCCAGUCUGCCAGAGGAGAGCAGUCGUGCUCCCAGUGGAAGAUGGCGGUGGGGAUGCUGUCUGGGGCUGGAGCACAGUGCUGGAUUUACACAAGAAGCGAACCCAGAUGGAUAUAAAGGACAAAAUGAACAUAUCCCCAUGUCUUUUCCUUGAGCUGUGGACUGUCUCGGGAUUUUUCAACUAGAACCUGCUGCCCUUUUUUUCUGGCAUAAAUCCGGGCUCCUUGUCGGGGAUUCACAGACUAUACAUAGAGACAGGGUGGGAGUGAAAAGUGGACGAAAAUGUCGGAUACAAAGGUAAAAGUUGCAGUGAGAGUUCGGCCCAUGAACCGCAGGGAAAUUGAACUGAACACAAAAUGUGUCGUGGAUAUGGAGGACAACCAAACAGUUCUACACCCACCACCUUCAAAUGCAAAAGGAGAGAACAGGAAACAAUCCAAGGUGUUUGCUUUUGACCACUGUUUCUGGUCCAUGGAUGAGUCCAAUGUUCCCAAAUAUGCUGGUCAAGAGGUGGUGUUCAAGUGCCUUGGAGAGGGAAUACUUGAAAAUGCAUUCCAGGGAUAUAAUGCCUGCAUAUUUGCCUAUGGACAAACAGGUUCAGGCAAGUCCUUUUCCAUGAUGGGAAACGGGGAGCAGCCGGGUUUGAUCCCUCGACUCUGCUGCUCGUUGUUUGAGAGGGUCCACAGGGAGGAGAACGAGGCCCACACGUUUAAGGUGGAGGUGUCCUACAUGGAGAUCUACAAUGAGAAAGUCCGUGACCUGCUGGAUCCCAAAGGGAGCCGACAGUCCCUGAAAGUUCGGGAACACAAAGUGCUGGGUCCAUAUGUGGACGGUCUUUCUCAGCUUGCUGUGACCAGCUUUGAGGACAUUGAGGUGCUGAUGUCAGAGGGUAACAAAUCUCGCACAGUUGCAGCCACCAACAUGAACGAGGAAAGCAGUCGAUCACAUGCCGUAUUCAGUAUCAUUGUCACUCAAACACUUUAUGAUCUACAGUCUGGGAAUUCAGGGGAGAAAGUGAGCAAGAUGAGUCUGGUUGAUCUGGCAGGAAGUGAGCGAGUUUCCAAAACUGGAGCUGCUGGAGAGAGGCUUAAAGAAGGCAGCAAUAUUAACAAGUCUCUCACCACAUUAGGCUGUGUGAUUUCUGCUCUGGCUGAUCAAUCUGCUGGAAAAGGAAAGGCCAAAUUUGUCCCAUACAGAGACUCAGUCCUCACCUGGCUGCUAAAGGAUAACCUUGGUGGCAACAGCAAAACAGCCAUGAUAGCCACAGUGAGUCCAGCAGCCGAUAACUAUGAGGAGACUUUGUCCACGCUGCGUUACGCGGACAGAGCCAAGAGAAUUGUCAACCACGCUGUGGUGAAUGAAGACCCCAACGCUCGCAUCAUCAGAGAGCUCAGGGAGGAGGUGGAGAAACUCAAAGUUCAGCUCUCUCAGGCUGAGUCCAUGAAGGCUCCUGAGCUGAAGGAGAAACUGCAUGAAUCUGAGAAACUCAUUCAGGAGAUGACUGUCACCUGGGAGGAGAAACUGAGGAAGACAGAGGAAAUAGCCACUGAACGUCAGAGGCAGCUGGAGAGUAUGGGCAUCUCACUGGAAACAUCAGGGAUCAAAGUGAAAGAAGACAAGUGUUUCCUGGUCAAUCUGAAUGCUGAUCCUGCCCUUAAUGAGCUGCUGGUCUACUAUCUGAAGGAGCACACGCGUGUGGGUGCUGACACGUCUCAGGACAUCCAGUUGUUUGGGAUUGGUAUCCAGCCAGAGCAUUGUGUCCUGGAGAUCUGCCCGGACGGUGACAUCACUCUAAUGCCCAUCGGGAAUGCCAGGACCUGUGUGAAUGGAACAAUGAUUGAUUCCUUGUCCCACCUGUGGCAUGGAGAUCGAAUCUUAUGGGGCAACAACCACUUCUUCAGGAUUAAUCUGCCUAAACGAAAGCGGCGGGACCGUUUAAAGGAGCUGGAGAGAGCAUCUCCCAGAGAGAGCUUCAUCGAUGCAGAUGUGGAGACGGCCAGCGAGGCCUCCUCUGAGCAGGACUACAGCUAUGAGUUUGCCCAGAUGGAGGUCAUCAUGAAGACUUUGGGAAACAAUGACCCCAUGCAGAAUGUGGUCCAGGUGCUGGAGAAGCAAUACCUGGAGGAAAAGCGGACGGCUCUUGAGGAGCAGAGGAUGAUGUAUGAACGGGAGCUGGAGUCUCUACGGCAACAGCUAUCUCCUGAGAAGAUGCCGCAACACCACCGAAGCAGCAGCGAGCGCCUCACAUUCCCGACACACACACCACACAGCAAACUGAGGCUAUGGACAGAGGAGAGGGAUGAGCUCUUCCGUCAGAGCCUGUCUCGGCUCAGGGAGCAGGUUGUGAAAGCCAACACUUUGGUGCGAGAAGCCAACUUUUUGGCCGAGGAGAUGAACAAACAGACCGACUAUCAGGUCACCCUUCAGAUCCCUGCAGCCAACCUUAGCGCCAACCGCAAGCGUGGAGCAAUAGUGAGCGAGCCAGCCAUUCAGGUGAGAAGAAAAGGGAAGGGUACUCAAGUUUGGACCAUUGAGAAGCUAGAAAACAAGCUGGUGGAUAUGAGAGACCACUACAGGGACUGGAGGGAAGGCGCCGAGGAGCUGAAUAAUAAGACAAACAGUCAUCACUGUGACCCGUUCUAUGAGGCACAAGAGAACCACAAUCUCAUAGGAGUAGCCAACAUUUUUUUGGAGUGCCUUUUCCAUGAUGUCAAACUGCAAUAUGCUGUCCCCAUCAUCAGCCAACAGGGAGAGGUAGCAGGCAGGUUGCACAUUGAGUUGACACGAGUGAGUGGAGCCGUACCAGAGCGACUGUGUGGAGGAGACGACUCAUCUGAGAACUCCAGUGAGAGCAGCUGCUAUGAAGUGAUGGACACCAAUGGAGAGAUUGUCCACAUGACCAAGAGGCUAACCUGCAGGGUCCGGAUCAGGGAGGCUACAGGUUUGCCCCUCAACUUGUCGAACUUUGUGUUCUGUCAGUACACCUUCUGGGAGCAAAGCGAGCCCACUGUGGCCCCUCCUAUGGUCAGCCCAGACAGACCCUCCCCUCGAAGCCCAGAUGCUCAGUUUACUGUCCAAUUUGAUCACUGCAAGGACUACGUUGUGCAUGUGACAGAUGAGUUUUUGGAGUUUAUAUCAGAUGGAGCUUUGGCUAUAGAGGUGUGGGGCCACCGCUGUGCGGGGAACGGUCGCUCACUCUGGGAGCUGGAUGCUCUGGAGGCUAAGACCCAGACUUUACGAGACCGGUGGAAUGAGGUGUCUCGCAGGAUUGAGCUUUGGACGUCCAUCCAGGAGCUGAACGAGCAAGGGGAGUACUCGUCUGUGGAGCUGCAUCCUGGAAAAGACAUCAGCACAGGAGGAGUCUUCCAGCUCCGACAGGGUCACUCCAGGAGGCUGCAGGUGUGUGUGAAGCCGGUCCAAAACUCAGGAACGCUGCCUCUGCUGGUGGAGGCAUUGCUGUCUGUCUCUAUCGGCUGUGUGUCCGCUCGCUCCACCAAACUACAGAGACCUCUCGACAGCUACCAGAGAGAGGUGGAAGAAGAUGUGGAUAGUUAUCAGGAAGAGGAUCUCAACUGUGUCAGAGAGCGUUGGUCAGAGGCCCUCAUCAAACGUCGGGAGUACCUUGAUGAGCAAAUUAAGAAAAUUAUCAACAAACAUGAGAAGUCAGAGGAGGAUGUUGAGCGUGAAGCUCGGCUGGUGGAGCAGUGGGUCGGCCUGACAGAGGAGAGAAACGCAGUGUUGGUUCCUACACCAGGCAGCGGCAUCCCUGGAGCUCCUGCAGACUGGACCCCUCCAGCAGGAAUGGAAGCUCAUAUCCCCGUUCUCUUCUUAGAUUUAAACGCUGAUAAUCUGACAGUAAAUGAGCAGCUGACCGGCCCACAUGCCGCAGGCGUUAACUCUAUCCUACCCAAAGAGCAUGGGAGCCAGUUCUUCUAUCUGCCCAUCAUCAGACACAGUGAUGAAGAGGUGUCUGCUGUGUGCUCCUGGGACUCAUCCAUCCAUGAUUCUGUGCACCUCAACCGUAUCACGUCUCCUAAUGAACGUAUUUACCUGAUAAUUAAAGCCACAGUGCAGCUCAGCCACCCAGCCUCCAUGGAGCUGGUGCUCCGCAAGAGAAUUGCUGUCAACAUCUACAACAAACAGAGCUUCACUCAGAGUCUAAAGAGGAGAAUGUCUCUAAAAAACUCACUUUAUGCCUGUGGUGUGACCUAUGACAUUGUUUCCAACAUACCAAAGGCCUCAGAGGAACCAGAGGAAAGGGAAACCUUGGCCCUAAUGGCUGCUCGCGGGGACAGUGAGGAGACUCAGGAUGGAGAAACGUACAUUGAGAAAUACACACGCGGAGUUCUGGAGGUGGAGAACAUCCUCAGUCUGGAGAAGCUACGACAGGCUGUGACAGUGAAGGAAGCACUCACUGCCAAGGGGAGACACCUCAAAAGGAGUAUCAGCACACCAAAUGUACAGCAUUCUUCAUGUAGCAAAACAGAUCUGACAGGUUGUGAUGAUGAAGAGUGUAAGGACCACUAUGAACAUGGGGACAGCACCAUCUGCAAUCCUUCAGAGGGCUCACUUUGCAACACGCCUGUCAAAAGCAGGGAUAACCAAGGUUCAGUUCCAGAGAGCCCGACAUUUUUCAACUCCAGUCCCUUCAAAGUCCUCUCCCCUCAGCCCCCCAAGUUCCUCAAAGCUCUGCUGCCCGUCAAAGAAGAGAACAAAGCAAAGAAAGCUCUGGAGGCUCGGCCGCUGCUCGGACAAGAGAGCAUGCGCUCAUGUGUGGACAGCCCUGCACUGCUCCCCCCUCCCUGCUCCUGGCACCGGCCCAGGGCAGGCAGCGAGGGCCACUGCAAGCCUUCCACCUCCACCCUCACCUCCACCUCCACUCCCACCAGCAGACAGCUCAGCCACACACUGCCACACACUGCUCAGGACUCUGAUGACGAGGAGCCAGACGUUGACAUGACCCUGAAUAUGCAUCGGGCCGCUCAGGACCAUGGCAGCUUUCAGCCCUAUAUCCCAGAGGACUUUGCAAACUUUGAGAUCUACAACGCCACUCUAGAGAGCCAGGAGGGCUUUCUGUCCUCCCGCCCCGACUGCAAGGGAAGCCGCUGUGGAGGUGGGAGUGGGGAGAGGGAAGUGCCUCGAAGUCCCACAGCCAGCAGCUGCACCAGUGGCUACUUUUCACACAGUGCCUCCAACGCCACGCUGUCCGACAUGCCGUUCAGUGCCAGUGAGAGCUCCGACCAUCUCAGUUGCACCUCUAGAGACACUCAGGACCCCCUCGGCUGUCCUGCUGGACGAGGCUCCACCCAAACCAAAAGUGUUACAGCAGGGUCUGACACUCAACAACCACCUCUCUCAGCAGGUGGGCUUCAGGAUCUGCUCAACCAGCCUGCCUACUCACCUAUCAGUAUCUCUAACUGCACAGACAAGCUGCAAACAUUCCCUCACAACUGUGUUCUCAGUGCCAGCCAAGAGUUCACAGACUUUAAAGGUGCUGAUGACAGUAUUGGAGAGGGAGAUUUAGCACAUUUCACAGAAGGAUGGGAGCAGGAAGGUUUGGAGUUUUCUAGAAACCAACUAAAGGAGCCAGUUAGUGUAGAAACUUAUGAUACAAACACUGAGAUCUCCUCUGAUAUCUCUGGUAUUAAACAUGCAUCUACUCCUGAAAACACUACUUUAUUAAAAUGUCCAAAUAUUACAAACUCUACCCCAGUGCUUGUGCCCGAUAAAGUCCCAGCUCCAUCAGCCCCACUCACAAUUUCACCUACAGCCCCGCCCUCUGCUCCAACUCCUCCACGGGCAGGAGGAGAACCUCCCAUUCAGGAGCCGGCCCAAGGAGAUCUGCCCCAUGGGAGUCCCUGUCCCAGCCCAAACCCCAGCAGUGCGGAGCCCUCAGGUGAUUCCAGCGGAGAUGAGAGCACCCCUGUGGCUCAGCUUCCUGACUGGAUGGCACCUGGGGAGCAGGUGUGGGUAGGGAAGAGGAGAGGGACAGUCCAUUACGUUGGAGGGGUGGAGUUUGCCAAGGGGAUCUGGAUUGGUGUGAAGCUUGACAUGGCAGUGGGUAAGCACAAUGGGACUGUCCAGGGUAGAGUGUACUUCCGCUGUCCCCCAGGCCAUGGUGUGUUCGUGAAGCCGUCUCGCCUCACCAGAGGGCCGCCCAACAUGGACACAGAACCCCAGACUCUGAUCAGAUAGGACCCAAAGAUGGACCAGCUUUCUUAAGAAGGACAGGGACCAGGAGAGUGAGGGUUGGUCCUCACAUCUAGUGCCUAAAACUGCAGGCUGACUUUAACGUCUCCUUUACCCAGACAAGUCUCUAUGUUGAUGUAUCCUAUCUGUCUCUGCUUUCCAUAAAGCAUAUCUGACCCGUGCGUUUAAUGAAGGUAUAUCUGAUUUACAGUCCACUAAAGAUUCACUAUGCACAUAUCUGGUUUUCUACAUCAUAAUAUUUUUGAUAGAGAACUUUUAACUGGGAGCUCAUAUGGAAAUAUUACCCACAUUUUCUUACAUAAGUUUCUGAGCAUUAUAUGUAUUAUUUUUGUAAGACAAUGCAUCCUCCCCUGAGGCUCAUAGUGGAGAAAUCUGGGAUAUGAAGAAAAGAAUGUACUACUGUUAUUAUUAAACAUUGAUAUCUACAUCAAUAUGAUAUGUCAGGGGUAACCAAAGAACUACGGUUCCAUAUCUGCUGUUAUAAGUAUGUUAUUUUUCUAACGUACAUAUGUGGAGAUAAAUAUUAUAUAUACAUCUGUGUAAAAGUAAAGCUUAGUGCCAUAUCUUUAGGAGUAAUGCCACAUACCCGAAACUGAGGGCAAAUUUGAGCUGCUCUCUCAGUGUUUGACUGCAGUUAUGAUGUUUUAUUAUCCUGUUGAAGUACUGUAACACUGUGGAGGAAAUAAUCCCCAUCCAGCAUGAGACUGUUGCUGUUUGAACGCUUGCACUGGAAAGGUUUUUUUGAGGGUUCAUCGACCGUUUUCCACAUUGGACUGAUGAAAUAUUUUCCAUCUCAAGUGACUGAAAAACCAUUAAUGAUCACUUUAACCUGAGGAACAAGUCCAAGGCCUGGAUACACUGAUGCCUUAAUGCCUUGUUUUCAUAAAGAGAGGCACAUACGCACUCAUUGAACUUCAGUAUUAGUUCGCCGAGUUUUAAACUAUGGACCUAAGCCUGUGUGCAUAUCAUGACACCCAUAGGCAUUCAAAAUGCCAUCCAAUAGACCAUCUUUUACCUGUCUUUCCAUCUAUAGUUGAUGUAAACAGAGUGAUAUGUAACACCACGUUUCGAGGUACUCAAUAAUGCAUUUUUUCACAUGGAGGAUUGGAUGAAUGGGUGAUGGACAGUAUCAGGUUACAGGAGAUGAGGCACAAGUAGUUUAGUGGUUGAAAGAGAGUUAAACUUGUGUUUUAGUUGAUGUGGUGAACUGUGGAACUGACUAUGAAUAGUUACAUAUCCAAGCUGUCAAGUAAAUAAAACAAACCCAAGACCUUACUUUAAAGAAGAGAACAAAGCUGCUCUCCCUCAUAAGGAGCUGUAAAUAGAAAUGUAUUUGAAUAUAGUAUUUACACUAUAAUAAUGUACAGAAUUGUAUUUAUAAUGUAUCUCAAACUGUUUUAAUUGGUACAAAAUGUUCUAGAAUAGAACAUUUACAAUCAA